AUGUGUCCAAAGUAUAGCGACGUUCCCGUACUUGCCCCAAUCGUAACGAAAGUCAUGAAUCAGCACCGUCUCACGGACCUCGUUUUCCGGCGGAACUCAAUCCAUGUGGUCUGCCAACAAGGCUUGAUUCAUGCCUGGUCGAGACCGGUGCGUAUCAAGGAUAACCCUACUUCCGAUUCGCGGCUUCUGGCGCUAAGCGAGUCCAUGUCUAACCCACCAACAAAAAUGACACGCAUUCGUCCUAUCGGACCAAGCGCAUCUCAUCCUACCAUGUCCCCGUCAUCAUCUGUACGAUCCCCAAUCCCCUCAGUUUCAGACGGUCCUGAUGGUGGCGUUGAACCAUAUCGUACGGAUCCCUACAAUCAUCGUGGAUCGGUGGCAGAACGGGUAGUUGAUCGCGAUGAGCCCACUGGAUUACAGCAACCUCCAACCUCCCAUCGAUCUACCGCCGCCAACGCAAUGGCACCAACAGUCACGACAACACCUGGAGCCCCGCGUCACCAGUGUGUUUCCUCGCGCAUACCAAGCGACCAUGUAUUUUCAUCCACUCAUUCGAGUUUAGAUUAUGAAUAUGUCACUGGACCCCCUGUCUCGCGGAUUCAUGGACGUGGUGUUCAGCCUCCUGCGACCAGCAGUGCUGAUGUCUAA